AAUCAUCUAUUUAGUUCUUUUCUCUUUGCCCGGGUCGACUGCUUGGUCAAGUGGCGCGGGCCGCAGUGAAUAAUAAAUUGUAAAAAUGACGGAAACUUUAAAGCCGAGAGGUAUCCUUUGCGGACACAAUGGGUGGGUCACCCAAAUCGCGACCAACCCAAAAUAUCCUGACAUGAUUUUAUCGUCGUCUCGAGACAAAACAUUAAUCGUUUGGAAACUGAUGAGGGACGAAACCAACUACGGAGUACCUUCGAAGCGUCUUUACGGACAUUCCCACUUCAUCUCUGACGUAGUUCUGUCCAGCGACGGUAACUACGCCCUAUCUGGAUCCUGGGACAAGACUCUCCGACUUUGGGAUCUCCAAGCCGGAAAAACCACCAGGCGGUUCGAAGACCAUACUAAGGAUGUACUAUCAGUUGCCUUCUCAGUGGACAACCGUCAGAUUGUAUCUGGCUCCAGGGACAAGACAAUCAAGUUGUGGAACACCCUUGCAGAGUGCAAGUACACCAUUCAAGAUGAUGGUCACAGUGACUGGGUGUCAUGCGUCAGGUUCUCACCUAACCACGCCAAUCCAAUUAUUGUCUCUGCUGGAUGGGACAGGACUGUUAAGGUCUGGCACUUGACUAACUGCAAGCUUAAGAUCAACCACCUUGGUCAUUCCGGUUACCUGAACACAGUGACUGUUUCUCCUGAUGGCUCUCUAUGUGCAUCUGGUGGCAAGGACAUGAAGGCGAUGCUGUGGGACUUGAACGAUGGCAAGCACCUUCACACCCUUGACCAUAAUGACAUCAUCACAGCAUUGUGCUUCUCGCCAAACAGAUAUUGGCUGUGUGCUGCAUUUGGACCCUCAAUCAAGAUCUGGGAUCUGGAAAGCAAGGAGAUGGUUGAAGAGCUGAAGCCUGAUGUUAUCAACCAGCAAACACCUACAAAGACAGAUCCACCUCAGUGCCUCUCGCUUGCGUGGUCUACAGAUGGGCAGACACUCUUUGCUGGCUAUUCCGACAACAUUAUCAGAGUCUGGCAGGUUUCAGUCUCAGCGCGAUAAGUUAUAUAAGGACAAGAAUUUCAUUUAUUUUUGUCCUCUUGAAAUAAGUAUAAAAAUAAAUGGAAUUGGCUGACUA